GUUCAAAACCUACACUGAAGCUAAGAAGAAGAAAAAGAAUAAGAAGAAGAGCAAAGAAAAUGAGCAGUGGAGCCGGGAAGCUCGUGUGCGUGACCGGUGCCUCCGGUUACAUAGCUUCGUGGCUCGUCAAGUUUCUUCUGCAGCGCGGUUACACUGUCAGGGCCUCUGUUCGCGACCCCAAUGACCCAAAAAAAACAAGUCACUUACUUGCACUUGAUGGAGCUAAGGAGAGACUUCAUCUGUUCAAAGCAAAUUUAUUGGAAGAAGGUUCCUUUGAUGCUGCUAUUCAGGGCUGUGAAGGUGUUUUCCAUACUGCAUCUCCCUUUUAUCAUGACGUCAAGGACCCAGAGGCUGAACUACUUGAUCCUGCAGUGAAGGGAACACUUAAUGUUCUUAACUCGUGUACAAAGUCUGCAUCUGUUAAACGGGUAGUCUUGACAUCUUCUAUUGCUGCAGUUGCAUAUAAUGGAAGACCUCGAACUCCUGAUGUAGUCAUUGAUGAGACUUGGUUUUCAGAUCCUGAACUUUGUAAGGAAGCAAAGCUUUGGUAUGUGGUUUCCAAGACAUUGGCUGAAGAAGCUGCCUGGAAGUUUGCAAAAGAGAACGGUCUUGACAUGGUUGCAAUCAACCCAUCAAUGGUGAUUGGUCCUCUCUUACAGCCAACCCUAAAUACUAGUGCUGCCGCAAUUUCCAACUUAGUAAAUGGAGCACAGGUGUUUCCCAAUCUAUCAUUUGGAUGGAUUAAUGUCAAAGAUGUUGCUAAUGCCCAUGUUCAAGCAUAUGAAAUCCCUUCCGCCAGUGGAAGAUAUUGUUUAGUUGAGAGAGUUGCUCACUAUUCUGAAGUUGUGAGGAUUUUACGUGAGCUUUAUCCCUCUUUACAACUUCCAGAGAAGUGUGCAGAUGAUAAGCCAUUUGUGCCAACAUAUCAGGUGUCCAAAGAGAAGGCAAAAAGCUUGGGUAUUGAAUUCAUUCCUCUUGAUGUGAGCCUCAAGGAAACCGUUGACAGCUUGAAGGAAAAAAACUUCGUUAAUUUUUAAGUAUUGUUAGCACCCGUGCAGAGCUUUCUAAUCAAUAAAAAUGCUGGUGAUACGUGUUACCUGCAUCCUUGUUUUUGAUUGGUGUUUGAUAUAAGAUCUAGAUAUACAUAGUUAGGCUCUGGUUGGAGGAGUAACUUGUCUCCCAAACUACAAGUUAGUAGGGUGAUGUUCACUUUGUUGCGAAUUGGAUAGUGAUUAUGCAGCACUGUGAUUUGUGGUCUUUGAGUAGAACUUUGUACUACAUUAUCAUGACCGGUUGGUGAAUGGAAUAUCCGUGAUUAUCUGCCU